AUGGCUGGAGUGGUGGUAGAUCGAGUUCGAAACCCUGGUAUAACGUCUCUUAUGAAGGGCUACCUCAGUUUUACCGAGCAAGAUUGUGACUUUCGCGAGGUUGUUAUAAAUGUACAAGAGCUGGCACUAAUCAGAAGUUUUACCGAUAAAAAUUCAGUACAGACAACAAAAGCAGGAGAAAAACCCCAAAUACGUCUAAACAAAAUUGUUUGGAAAGUUGAUCAUGUGAAAGUGGACGAUGAGUCAAACUUACGGUUGUUAUCAGUCAUUGACAAGGGUAGAGACUUGACUCCUUCGUUUCGAGGAUGGGAACUUCAUGAAUAUCCACUGUUAAAUCAAACAAAACAAUACACAUGGAACGUAAAGGCUGUAAAUCAAUUGGAAAAGCCUCGAAACAUUACAUUUGGAUUCCAAACAAAUAGGAAAAUACUAGCAGAUAAGGAUUUCAGCAUGUUUGAUCACUGCCACAUAAAAAACUUCAAAGUCCAUUUGAACUCCGAGGUUUAUCCCUACGAUAAUUUUAACCUUAACUUUAUCAAACAACAGUAUGCCUUGCUGUAUGAGAUGUAUGCACGAUUUCAACAGUCCUAUUAUUACAAAGAUGUGGGUGAGCCUUGUUUCACAUUGGAGAAAUUCAUUGAAAGGGCUCCAUUAAUCAUGAUCGAUUGUUGUUACCAAGUGGACACCAUAACAAAUGGAAGUGUCGACCAGUCCAUACCUGUUGAUUUUACACAAUAA